AGAGAAUAGAAACUGGGGGGGGGGGGAAUCAAAAAAUAGAGUGAGAACUUGAACUACCAUUCUUAUGGUUCCUACUGUUCCGUUCUCGUCGCACCCACCAACCAUUGGUUUGCCUGGAUUUGUGUCUGUGCAGAAACACAUUUGAGCUCCAUAGCUCCCCAGUGUCUGGUAAUGCAAUAUCACCAUGCCCACAGCUCACGACAACAUUCUCUGUCUCCUCUCCCUUCUCUUCUCCCUCACAGUCACGCCCACUCUGUCUUCCUCCGCCGCUCGCCGGCUCCUCCAUCAACCAUUUUUCCCCAAGGAUUCCAUCCCUCCCGGCAAGAUUCCCUUUUCGUCUCCUUCGUCCCCCUCUCCAACUCCAAGCCCAACACCCAAGGCUUUUUUCCCUUCUUACAAUUCCCCACCAAUCCCUCCUCCUCACCCUGCUCUCACCACAUUUCCAGCUAACAUCUCCUCCCUUCUCUUCCCCCGACCCUCUUCCCUCCACCGGCCCCCCGUCAUCGCCAUCGCUAUCUCUGUCUCCCUGCUCUCCGCAGCUCUUGUCGCCCUUCUUGUCUUCUUCAUUUACUACUGUAAAUACACCACUGCCAACAAGGCUUCAAGAUCUGACAGUCUCCGAUUAUACCCCCCGAACACUCUGACUUUCGAUGCUAUUGGUAGUCAUAAGCCUCGCUCAGCAUCAGGCCACAGCGCUGGCACCAGCUCGGAAUUUCUCUAUCUGGACAAUGUGUUAAAUUCACGAGAAGCUUGUGCUACAAGUGCUAUGUAUUCUGGCAACGGUAGGCUGAGUAUGGGCAAUUCUACCUCACCAUAUCGAAGACUGAGGUCGCCCGAACUCAAACCGCUUCCGCCAUUGCCGCGUGACAGAAACAGGGGGAAUUGCGAAGAUGAUGAAGAAGAGGAGUUCUUCUCUCCAAAAGGGUCUUUAGGCCGCAGACUGAGUCCUGUGCGUACUGGGUCAGGGAGAGUGCUUCGGUUGGGAAUGGAUAAACUUGGGUUUGGGAGUACAAGCUUCGAUUCAAGAACACCUUCUCCCCCUUGCUCAAAUUCUGCAUCGCUCACUUCUUCCCCUUGUUUGAAUUUGAGUCGUAGGCAUUCUUUGGAGCUUCAGCGCCCCAUGACAUCCUCCUCACCGUCUUCACCGGAGAUUAACUGGAAUUUUCCAGUCUCAGAACAGAGGGAUAAUUCUGAGGCCACAAUUGAGGUAAAUGUUCCGAUCAAGAAGCCCCCAUAUCCUCCGCCGCUUCCGCCUCCACGCUUUUGGGAAGCAUCUCCGAAUGACAAUGCGGAGGCUCGAAAGCCAAAGUUGAAACCUUUACACUGUGAAAAAGUCAGGGCCAGCUCGGAUCGGGCCAUGGUUUGGGAUCAGUUAAAACCGUGUUCUUUCCAAUUGAACGAGGAAAUGAUAGAGACGCUUUUUAUGGUGAAUAACACCUCAAACUUCACUCUUAGAGAUAAUGCCGGGCGUCAAAACGUUGCUUCUCCCCCCUUGGAAUACAGGUUGCUUGACCCUAAGAAGUCUCACAACAUCUCCAUUUUGCUGAGGGCACUCAAUGUGACUAUUGAUGACGUAUGCGAUGCCCUCAAGGAGGGCAAUUGGGAUAUGUUGGGAACAGAACUUCUAGAAAGUUUGUUAAAGAUGGCUCCAACCAAAGAUGAAGAAUGUAAGCUGAAGGAGUUCAAAGAUGAAUCAGCCUCCAAGCUUGCUCCUGCUGAGAAAUUUCUUAAAAUCGUGCUUGAUAUUCCUUUUGCAUUUAACAGAGUUGACGCAAUGCUUUACAUUGCCAACUUCGAUUCCGAAUCAGAAUACCUUAGGAAGUCCUUUGAGACUUUGGAGGUGGCUUGGGAACUAAGGAAUAGCAGAAUGUUUUUGAACCUCCUUGAAGCAGUGCUAAGAACUGGCAAUCGCUUGAACGUUGGCACCAAUCGUGGUGAUGCAUAUGCAUUCAAGCUGGACACUCUUCUGAAGCUUGUUGAUGUUAAAGGGGCUGAUGGAAAGACUACUUUGUUGCAUUUUGUUGUGCAGGAAAUGGUCAGAAUUGAAGGUUCUCGGAUAUCUGGUGCUUCUAACAAUCACCAAACUGCUGAAAAGAUCCUCCAGUCUACACUCCAGGAUGAAGUUGAAUUUAGGAAACUUGGACUCCAAGUUGUUUCAGGUUUGAGUGGGGAGCUCUGCAAUGUAAAAAAAGCAGCUGCAAUGGAUUCAGAUAUGCUUAGCAGUGAUGUCUCUAAGCUUGCCAGAGGGAUUGCAACAGUUGCGGAGGUUAUAAAAUUGAAUGGAGAGUCACCAUCGAGAGAAAUUAGCCAAAAAUUUUCGGAGGCAAUGAAAGGUUUCUUGAAGAAGGGAGAGAAGGAAAUUGUUUCGAUUCAGGCCCAAGAGAAGAAUGCUUUCUCUUCAGUGAAGAAGCUAACGGAGUAUUUCCAUGGAAAUUCUUCCAAGGAAGGAGCUCAUCCGUUUAGGAUUUUUAUGGUCGUGAGGGAUUUCCUCUCAUUACUUGAUCGCGUGUGCAAGGAAGUUGGAAAGGUAAACGAGAGAACUUUAGUAGGUUUCCUUCAAUACUCAGAGCCUUCAAAUCCCUUCCUGCUACAAAUUUUCCCUGAGAUUGUUGGUUCCUUGGAUGAUUAAAGCUCCUCUUGCUUAUCAUAGCAAUGGGUUGUUUUCACCGCCGUGUGUAAUAAGCUUAUUCAUUACAAUUUCCCUUCAUCAGUAGUUCAGUACUAAAAUUAUGAAUGCCCGCCA